CGUCGACCGACCCUGGCCAUGCCGUCGACGCGCUGACACACAUUGCUCGCUCUGGGCCAAAGGAGGAGCCAGGAGCCGAUCGGUCGAGCACUGCAAGGACACGCCAUCGUGGUCAUGCCCUCCGGCGCCGGCGGCAAGGUCAUGCCCAAGUCCAAGGCCUCCUUCUUCCUCUACGGCUUCCUGCUCUACGUGCUCCUCCCCGUGCUCGCCGUCUACGUCGUCGCCCUCGCCCUCUCCCCGCUCUACUCCGGCUCCUGCCCGCCGGCCGACGACGCCAGCAAUGCCGUCGCUCGUCUCGCGGCGGACGCCGGUGCCGGCCGCAACGCUUCUUCGUUUUCGUCGUCGAAUAAUGUGAUGCUGCGUUCGCCGGCGCCGAUGGCGCGGCGCGUGGGGAAGCCGAAGCCGUCCGCGGACGCCGCGCCGACGGGGCUGCGGCACAUCCUGUUCGGCAUCGGCGCCUCGUCGUCCAUGUGGAAGAGCCGGCGGGAGUACAUCCGGGUGUGGUGGCGGCCGGGGAAGAUGCGCGGCUUCGUGUGGCUGGACAAGCCGGUGCCGGAGUACUACUCCCGGAACUCCUCCACGGGCCUCCCCGCCCUCAAGAUCAGCGCGGACACGUCCGAGUUCCCCUACACGCACGGCGCCGGCAGCCGCUCGGCGCUGCGCAUCUCCCGCAUCGUCUCCGAGAGCUACCGGCUGGGGCUCCCCGGCGUGCGGUGGUUCGUGAUGGGCGACGACGACACCGUCUUCUUCCCGGACAACCUGGUGGACGUGCUAUCCCGGUACGACCACACGCAGCCCUACUACAUCGGGAACCCGUCCGAGAGCCACAUCCAGAACCUCAUCUUCUCCUACGGCAUGGCCUUCGGCGGCGGCGGCUUUGCCAUCAGCCGCGCGCUGGCCGCGCAGCUGGCGCGCAUGCAGGACGGCUGCAUGCACCGCUACCCGGCGCUCUACGGCAGCGACGACCGCAUCCACGCGUGCAUGUCGGAGCUGGGCGUGCCGCUCACCCGCCACCUGGGCUUCCACCAGUGCGACAUCUGGGGGGACGUGCUCGGCCUGCUGGGCUCCCACCCGGUGGUGCCGCUCGUGACGCUGCACCACUUCGACUUCCUGCAGCCGGUGUUCCCGGCGGCGCGGUCCCGCACGGCCGCGCUGCGGCGGCUCUUCGACGGGCCCGCGCGGCUCGACCCGGCCGCCGUGGCGCAGCAGUCCGUGUGCUACGACCGGGAGAAGCAAUGGACGGUGUCCGUGUCGUGGGGGUUCGCCGUGGUGGUGGUGCGCGGGGUGGUGUCGCCGCGCGAGAUGGAGACGCCCAUGCGCACCUUCCUCAACUGGUACAAGCGCGCCGACUACACCGCCUACUCCUUCAACACGCGGCCCGUGGCGCGCAACCACUGCCAGCGCCCCCAGGUGUACUACAUGCGCCGCUCGCGCAUGGAGCGCCGGGUCCGGCGCCGGCGCACCAACGCGACGCUGGAGACGACCGUGACCGAGUACGAGCGGCACACCCCCGCGCCAAACGUCACGUGCCGCUGGCGCAUCCCCGACCCCGCCGGCCUGCUCGACCGCGUCGUCAUCGUCAAGAAGCCCGACCCCGACCUCUGGAAACGGUCUCCGAGGAGGAACUGCUGCAGGGUGGUGUCGUCGCCCAGGAACGGGACGAAGCUGGACCGGACCAUGGCCGUCGACGUGGGUGUCUGCCGGGACGGCGAGUUCGCACGAGUUUAGCCAGCCAGCUAAGGGGAGCUAGGACGACAGGACACAGCAAAAUGCAAGCGAGCUGCCAAGAUUAUCAGCUAGAUUUGGUACCCAUGCUAGACCUGGCACGCAGGCCGGAUCGAGCAUCCAUGCAGCUCGAUCGCAGCGGCGGGUCGCGCCGUCGAUCGUAAAGGCGCGCCAGCUUCGGGCAAAACAAAUGUAGAUGUAGCAGCUUCAGGGCAGGUGUGAGAACCUUGUCAGGGAAAUGACGAGAGCACCUCGUUCUUGUGCAUUUUGCGAGGCACCGGUCUUUGUGGUUGCAUGUGAUGUGUUUCCUGCAUCACGACGGGCAGGCCGCAGCCAGAUAAUAUCUAUCGUGGCUCACUAACUAGAUGGCACAACAGACUUUUGCAACAGUACAGACCUAUUUGCUUACUAAAUGUGUUUUUUUAAGAUUUUUACAAAAGUGCUCAACAAUACAGCCAUUGUUGUAGCAGAUAAAGUUGUAGCUCCUGUCCAGACAGCCUUUAUUAGAGGUAGAUACAUUCUGGAUGGGGUGAUUGUGUUGCAUGAAGUACUGCAUGAAGUACAUAGG